CCACGAAAGAUAUGAUUGCAAUCCUCCUUUUCUUGGUUGCAUCGAGGACACCAGGCAUCAGCAACUAUACGUUUAAUCUUCAGAUUAGCAAAAGUAGGAUUGUAAUUCCAAGAAAUUCCCCAUAUUGUAAUUUUGACUUUCGAGGGGAUUUGUAAAUUCCAUAGUUUUUUGUAAAAGGCUUUAGUUUCGGUUUGUAAAUUAAUAGGAUUUUGAGUAUCUUCUUGUAAUAGUUUGUAGGCGCUUCUAACCGAAAAAUUACCAGAUGGUUCUCCUCUCCAGACUUGGAAGUCUUCAUUUGCUGACGUUGCCAAAGGAAUCUGUAAAAUCUUUUUAGCAACUUCCGUAUUGAAGAGGUUAUUCCAAACAGAAAUACGAUCCCCCUUACCAACCCUCCAGCAAAGUCCUCCUUCCAGAAUGCCUUUUGCCGACCAGAUACUUUUCCAGAUCUGAUCGCAGAUCUUGAAUCUCCGACGUAUCUCUUCAUUUUUUUUUCGUAUUUUUCUCUGGAUUAAGAGAAUUGUACGGACUAUUGGAAGUAGAAUUUCCGAAGAAACUCAUUUUCAUGUUCUUCUUCGAAAUCGGAUUUUCUCCGCCCUGUUGGUAAAUAUAGAUCUUAAAAGUUGGCUCCUCAAAGGCGAUCGCAGCGCCACAUGGGUGGCCAGAUGCAGCAAAGCAAUGCUGCAGCGGCGGCGCUUUACGAUCACGCCGGCGGAGGUGGCGGUGGGUCCUUGCACAAUGCGGGUCCUGCCGGCGGCGAUGCUGGUGAUGCCGUUAUGGCGCGGUGGUUGCAGUCUGCUGGAUUGCAACAUCUGGCCUCUCCGUUGGCAUCUAGCGGCAUCGACCAACGCCUCCUUCCCAAUCUCCUCAUGCAGGGUUACGGAGCUCAAUCUGCAGAAGAGAAGCAGAGGCUUUUUAAAUUAAUGAGGAACCUUAAUUUUAGUGGAGAACCUGGGUCAGAGCCGUAUACACCAACUGCCCAAAGUUUGGGAGGGCUGGGUACAUCUGAUGGUUUUUAUUCUCCAGAGUUUAGGGGUGAUUUUGGAGCUGGGCUUCUUGAUCUCCAUGCUAUGGAUGAUACAGAGCUUCUUUCCGAGCAUGUUAUCUCAGAACCUUUUGAGCCAUCACCAUUCAUGCCUAGUUUGAAUAAGGAAUUUGAAGAUGAACUUAAUGUAACAACUAAUCGGCAGCUAAAGGAGAUAAGUGAUGCAGAUGCCUCAGCUUCAUUAAUUUCUGCCAAUGAAAAAGAGAUGAGUGCAAGGGAAAAUAAUGUUGCUAAGAUUAAAGUUGUGGUCCGCAAAAGACCAUUAAACAAGAAGGAGAUUUCUCGGAAGGAGGAUGAUAUAGUAACUGUCAGUGAGAAUGCUUUAACUGUCCAUGAACCGAAGCUAAAGGUGGACUUGACAGCCUAUGUAGAAAAACAUGAGUUCUGUUUUGAUGCUGUUCUGGAUGAGCAUGUUACAAAUGACGAGGUUUAUCGGGAAACUGUUGAGCCGAUUAUUCCCAUAAUCUUUCAGCGAACAAAAGCCACUUGUUUUGCAUAUGGUCAAACAGGUAGUGGUAAGACGUUCACAAUGCAACCGUUGCCUCUCAGAGCAGCAAAAGAUCUUGUUAGAUACUUGCAUCAGCCAGUUUAUCGGAAUCAGAGAUUUAAAUUGUGGCUUAGCUAUUUUGAGAUAUAUGGUGGAAAACUGUUCGACCUUCUGAGUGAUAGAAAGAAACUUUGUAUGAGAGAAGAUGGGAGACAACAAGUCUGCAUUGUUGGAUUGCAAGAAUUUGAGGUGUCAGACGUGCAAAUUGUGAAGGAAUACAUUGAGAGAGGAAAUGCCGCUAGAAGCACAGGAUCUACUGGUGCAAAUGAGGAAUCUUCAAGGUCACAUGCAAUUUUACAACUUGUCAUCAAGAAGCACCCAGAGAUAAAGGAGUCCAAGCGGAAAAAUGAUGGGGAUGAGUCAAAACCUGGGAAGGUUGUAGGAAAGAUUUCUUUUAUCGAUCUUGCUGGCAGCGAAAGAGGUGCUGAUACCACUGACAAUGACCGGCAAACUAGGAUUGAAGGCGCUGAAAUAAAUAAAAGCCUUUUGGCUCUUAAGGAGUGCAUUCGUGCGCUAGACAAUGACCAGAUCCAUAUACCUUUCCGUGGGAGCAAACUCACUGAAGUACUUCGUGACUCCUUUGUUGGCAAUUCAAGGACAGUUAUGAUCUCCUGUAUUUCUCCAAAUGCAGGAUCAUGUGAACAUACUCUCAAUACUCUGAGAUAUGCUGAUAGGGUUAAGAGUCUUUCCAAAAGUGGUAAUCCGAAAAAAGAGCAGGCUGUAAAUUCUUUUCAACCAAGUAAUAAGGAUGCUUCUUCAGCAUCGUCUCUGUUACCUACUGCUGUUGUAGAAGAUAUUUAUGAGCGACAACCGGAAGUAAAAGUUGUUGAUACUGGUCGAAGGGUAGCAGAGAAAGAUGUUUAUACUACAGACAUUGACAAACAGCCCUCUACUUUUUCGUCAGGUUACCCAUUCAAUGGGAGGGAGGAAAGUGGAAAGGCUUCUGGCCCAACGGAUAGGGAGAGAUUUGAAGUGAAUAGUAAUUAUGGUGGUUCUUCGAGCCAAAGAGUUUAUUCAUCAAAUUCUCAAAAUUCAGCUGAUACAGAAGAGAAAGUGCCAAAGGUGUCACCGCCUCGUAGAAAAGCAACUAGAGAAGAAAAACUGGAAAAGUCGAGGAAUUGGGCCAAGAAAGAUGGAGGAGGAUCUGAUUCGUCUGCUUCAAACUCGAGGCAGGUGAAUGCUGUUAAUAAUAACGAAACUAAUACCAUUGGACAUAGACAAUAUGAUCCAGAAGAAAAACAGGAAAAGACGAGGAAUUGGGCCAAAAAAGAUGGAGGAUCCGAUUUUUCUGCUUCAAACUUGAGGCAGGUGAAUGCUGUUAAUAAUAAUGAAACUAAUACCGUCGGAUAUAGACAAUAUGAUCCAGAAGAAAAACCGGAAAAGACGAGGAAUUGGGCCAAGAAAGAUGGAGGAUCUGAUUUGUCUGCUUCAAACUCGAGGCAGGUGAAUGCUGUUAAUAAUAACGAAACUAAUACCAUUGGAUAUAGACAAUAUGAUCCAGAGCCUCCCACUGAUGAGAAUAUCAAUGCAAUACUUGAGGAGGAAGAGGCGCUAAUUGCUGCUCACAGAAAAGAAAUUGAAGACACAAUGGAGAUUGUUCGUGAAGAAAUGAAGCUUCUGGCUGAGGUGGACCAACCAGGCAGCCACAUUGACAAUUAUGUGACCCAGCUGAGCUUUGUUCUUUCACGCAAGGCUGCUAGUCUGGUGAGUCUUCAAGCUCGCCUUGCCCGGUUCCAGCAUCGACUGAAAGAGCAGGAGAUACUGAGUCGGAAAAGAGUUCCUCGUUGAUGCCAGCUCUUUGUUCUCUGCUUUCAUUGCUGCAUCAGACUCUGUCCAUUGAUGCACGGAGCUGCAUUAGGGUCUUGAGAGGAAAUUCAGCAGUGUGCAAAGAUCCCGAUCCUAUUUCCCCCAGCAUCAAACGUUGCAGAUCGCGUUUCCUUCAAACGCAAUGGCAAAGAUAAUUCAGGUGCAGAUACUUGUGUGAUGCUUGAUUUAUCAAAAUGUGUAUUGUUUUAGAUGAAUCUGAUAAUGUUCUGGUUGAAGAUUGAAUGGUUUUGGUGGCCUUCUGUUGUUUAAAGGGCGACAAGAAAAUGCUUUCUUUAAAAUCAUUUCUAGGAAAUGGGAGAGAAAAAAAAAGAAGGGAAAAUAAGGUUUUUGUUUUUCCCCUUUGUUUAUUCUGCACUUUUGAAACUAUAUAUAUUCUGUUUUCUCACCUCAAAAAGCACCUUGUGAAUGUUAUAUAGACCCAGUAGUAUGUAGUAGUGUCCUUUUCAAGUAUUUUGUUAUGUCAUAAUCGUAUUUUAAGGUAUUUUAUAUUUGUAUUAUAUUUUAUACAUUAAUAAUUUGUAUUUUAUAUAUAUGUGAAAACAUUUGUGCA